AUGCUUUCCGAAGGCGCAAGAUUGAUCGGCGAGAGCGGCAAGAGCUAUCUCGCAGUCAGCCCACUGGGCCAGAGCAACGUCUGGACCGCUGUCGAACAGAGCAAGGAUCCAAACAAACCAGUCCAGGUGGUCGUCAUCAAAGAACCCGGCGAGGUCGAUACCCAACCAGGAUGGCCCAGUUUCCAGAAUGAGAUGGUCAUGCAUGAAGUCUUCAAGGACUCACCAGCCAUUAGACAGCAGGUUGACAGAAUCCCUCCCACCAAGGCCGGCGACCCUCCAAUGAUUGUCUUGGAGAUCACCGAAACCACUCUAUGGAUCGCACGCACGAAACGACCCAUGUCUCUUGCCGAAAUCAAGACUGUCGCCAAAGACGUCCUUGUAGGCCUGCGCGACGUGCAUGCUGCCGGCCUGGUCUACGCCGACCUCAAGCCUCAAAACAUCAUGGUCGACGGCUUCAACGCCGAGUCGGAAGAGAAGGACGACCAUCUCAAGGCGAAACUCGGUGACUUGGGUCUUGUCAUGGAACCCAUGAACGGCAAAGUCCAGCCCAUCACGUACCGUGCCCCCGAGGUCUACCUCAAAGGCGACAUUACCUCUCGAGUUGAUGUAUGGGGCUGGGCUCUUAUUUACUGCCAUCUGCUCGAGGCCCGCACCCGCUUCUCCAAGACCGGCCUCUACGACGAUCUCGACACCAAGAGCGGAGGCAUGGUCGAAAGAGAAGACGCUGUCAAAAGCGCGUUGAUGAACGACUACAAGCUACAAAACGACCCUGUGUACGGAAACGUCCCGCUACCCGCAAACGACCCAAGCAAACACAAAGGCGACCAGUGGGAACUUUUGCGCCAACGUGGUCUGGAAGAUGGAGAGGUUGAUUUCCUCAGAUGGGUCUUGAAGGCCGACCCCUAUCAGCGGCCGACUGUCAGCCAGAUCUUGGAGAGCGGAUGGCUAGACAGGAGUGCAGAAGAAGUGGAUGCUGGCUUCACUCCCCCAGAAUUCGAGCAUCUGGAGUACGAUCCCAAGCGUGCGACCCCAGACGAGUUCGCUGCACAAGAAAGACAAGAGGCCUCCAACAACGAGCAGGAUCAAGGCCAGUAUUUUCGCCAGCCCGUCCAGCAGACCAGACCUGUAAUGUCGGAGAAGCGUUUCCACAGCGCUGAAGACGAGGUACCUGUCAAGAAGAUGUACGUGCCUGACGACUCAUUGACGGCGCCGGCAGAGCAGCAGCAAGCAGGCCCUGCCUCUGCUGCCAUUCCUACCCAGCNNUUGCUCAGACGAGCCCAUGUGGGCUCCUACUUCCAGGAUACUGCGGCCCCUGUUUCACUUAGCGGCAAUGGCUCUACCCAGAGCACUAUGGAUGCUGCUCCAUUCAAGAGUAUGGACACGACUGAGACCAAAUCCAUCCCUACACCUUUCGCAAGCACCACUGAGAGUAAGGUGGUUCCAACUCAAUUCACGGAUGCCAACGCCAUCAGUGACGCCUCAGCACCUGUGCCGUUCAAGAACGUCACCGAGAGUAACCAGUCUACUACGCAGAGACCUCCCUUGAACACAACCAACACUGGCACCUUCCUAUCGUACAAUUAA